AAGAAAAAGAGAAGAAAAAAACUAAAAAUUAUGGAAGCGCCCGAAAAACCUGCGACCGGUGACCAUUUCAUUGUGGAGGACUUGCUCGAUUUUUCCAAUGAGGAUGCCGCUAUAACUGAUGAUGCAUUCGACUCCUCCGUUGCUGGCAACUCCACGGAUUCCUCCACCGUUACGGCCGUCGACAGCUGCAAUUCGUCGUCGUUUUCAGGUUGCGAACAGAAUUUAGCGGUUAAUAUUGGUUGCCGAGGUUUUACUGACGGUCAGUUCGCCGGUGACCUUUCUGUGCCGGUAAGUUCUCCCCUACAUGCAAUAAUGUGA